AAUAGGGUGCAAGUACUAUUUUUGACCUUUCGUUUUCUGGAUCUAGGGUUUCUCCUUCUGACGAAUUGCUCUUGAAUCUCCAAUUCAUCAUCUUCACACACAAAAAAACCCAUCUUCAAACCCUAGUUACCAGCGCCACCUAAACAAUACUUUUUCAUCGCAAAAAAAAAAAAAUCAAAUCAAUCGCCUUCUUACGAAUCGGAGAUUCACGAUCACGCACACGCCUCAAGUUUUAGGGUUUCAUCGAAUAUUAUUAUUUUUUCACCCUAAUCGCCGUCACCGUCACCUUCAAUCACGGAUCUAAACAAAACGGCCUAAAUUUCAUUUUAUUUUAUAUAUAUACAUAUUUUCUUUCCGGUAAUUCAAAAAAAUCAGAUGAAAUCUUAAACCGUUCUUGACGGUAAUUAUGAUAUGAAUACUUUUUCCCUUACUUACGUGGAAUAUUGAUGAAAUUUCCAAAGACUUUGUGUUUGUGAUUUUGAUUUGAAGGGACCAAAAAAAAAAUGUAUAAAUCGUUGGUGUAUCAAGGGGAGGUGGUGUUGGGUGAGGUAGAUAUAUACCCAGAAGUGAACAACAACAACAAGAAUUUCAAGGAAAUCCGAAUUAGUCACUUCACGCAACCCAGUGAGAGGUGCCUACCACUUGCUGUGCUUCACACUAUUACCUCUUCUGGUGUUUGCUUCAAAAUGGAGUCAAAGACACAGCAGCAGGAUCCACUCUUUCACUUGCACAACUUGUGUUUCAGAGAGAACAAGACUGCUGUUAUGCCGCUGUGUGGGGAAGAGAUGCAUUUGGUUGCUAUGCAUUCGCGGAGUAAUGGAAGACCAUGUUUCUGGGGAUACAUUGUUGGCAUGGGACUUUAUAAUUCAUGCCUUAUGAUGUUAAAUCUCAGAUGUUUGGGUAUAGUGUUUGAUUUGGAUGAGACACUUAUUGUAGCAAACACAAUGCGCUCAUUUGAGGAUAGAAUUGAUGCGCUUCAGAGAAAAAUAAACUCUGAGGUAGAUCCACAACGAAUUUCUGGCAUGCAGGCAGAAGUCAAGCGCUACCUAGAAGACAAGAGUAUAUUGAAGCAGUAUGUGGAAAAUGAUCAGGUUGUUGAUAAUGGGAAAGUGUUAAAAGCUCAAUCUGAGCUUGUUCCGGCAUUAUCUGACAGUCAUCAGCCCAUAGUUCGACCACUGAUAAGGUUACACGAAAAAAACAUUAUUUUGACACGCAUCAAUCCACAGAUUCGCGAUACAAGUGUUCUUGUGAGGUUGAGACCUGCAUGGGAAGAUCUUCGGAGCUACCUGACUGCAAGAGGGCGCAAGCGUUUUGAAGUUUAUGUUUGCACAAUGGCUGAAAGGGACUAUGCACUAGAAAUGUGGAGACUUCUUGAUCCAGAUUCAAAUUUGAUCAAUUCAAAAGAGCUUUUAGGUCGCAUUGUAUGUGUUAAGUCUGGUUUGAAAAAGUCAUUGUUCAAUGUCUUCCAAGAUGGCUUAUGCCAUCCAAAGAUGGCUUUAGUAAUUGAUGAUCGCUUGAAAGUGUGGGAUGAGAAAGAUCAACCUCGGGUGCAUGUUGUCCCUGCAUUUGCUCCAUACUAUGCUCCUCAAGCUGAGGCAAGCAAUACUAUCCCUGUCUUGUGCGUUGCAAGAAAUGUUGCUUGCAAUGUUAGAGGCGGCUUCUUUAAGGAUUUUGAUGAUGGUCUUCUACAAAAGAUUUCUCAAAUUGCCUAUGAAAACAAUACCAGAGAUAUAUCUCCUGCCCCUGACGUGAGCAAUUAUUUAGUUUCAGAGGAUGAUGGAUCUGCUUCCUAUGCAAACAGAGAUCCAUUUGCGUUUGAUGGCAUGGCUGAUGCUGAGGUAGAAAGAAAAUUGAAGGAUGCAAUAUCAGCAGCUUCAGCUAUUCCUAUGACAACUGCCAAGUUAGAUCCCAGGCUCACUUCUUCUCUUCAGUAUACAAUGGUAUCUCCUGGUUCAGUUCUGCCACCUGCAGCCCAAGCAUCUAUGAUACCAUUGCCUCACACACAGUUCCCUCAACCUGCUACACUAGUAAAACCUAUUGGUCAAGUUGCCCCUUCAGAAUUGAGCUUGCAUAGUUCUCCUGCUAGAGAAGAAGGUGAAGUACCUGAAUCAGAAUUAGACCCAGAUACAAGGCGAAGACUUCUAAUAUUGCAACAUGGACAAGAUAACAGGGAUCAUACAUCUAGUGAACCUCCAUUUCCCCUUAAACAUCCCGUACAAGUUUCGGCCCGUGUACCACCACGUGGGGGAUGGUUUCCUGUAGAAGAGGAGAUUGGUUCCCAGCCACCAAACCGAGUAAUACCUAAAGAAAUUGCUUUAGAUUCUGGUCCAUCGCGUAUUGAGAAGCACCGGCUUCAUCAACAACCCUUUUUCCCCAAGGUUGAUGGCUCUAUUUCAUCUGAUAGAGCUCUCCACGAGACCAACCAAAGAUUGCCUAAGGAGAUGUACCAUAGAGAUGAUCGCUCAAGAGUAAGCCAUAUGCUCUCUAGUUAUCCAUCGUUAUCCGGCGAUGACACCCCCUUUGGUAGGUCAUCUUCCAGCCACAGGGAUUUCGACUCUGAAUCUGGUCAUUCUGUAUUCAAUGCGGAAACACCAGCUAUAGUAUUACAAGAAAUUGCACUGAAGUGUGGAACUAAGGUGGAAUUUACAUCAUCUUUGGCUGCGAGUAGAGAGCUGCAGUUCUCCAUCGAGGCAUGGUUUUCUGGGAAAAAAAUUGGCCAUGGUUUUGGCAGAACUAGAAUGGAAGCUCAAUAUAAGGCUGCUGAGGAUUCUAUUAAACAUUUGGCUGAUAUAUAUUUGUCGCGUGCUAAGGAUGAGUCUGGUUCUGCAUUUGGUGAUGUGAGUGGAUUUCCUAAUGCAAAUGACAAUGGUUAUGUGGGUAAUGUUAGUUCUCUUGGCAAUCAGCCAUUGCCUAAAGAGGAGUCAGUCUCAUUUUCAGCAGCAUCAGAUCCAUCAAGGGUUUUAGAUCCUAGGUUGGACGUCUCUAAGAGGUCAAUGGGUUCAGUCUCUGCCCUAAAGGAAUUGUGCAUGGUUGAGGGUCUUGGUGUCAAUUUUCUAUCACUGCCUGCUCCAGUGUCAACAAAUUCAGUAGAUGAAGUGCAUGCACAGGUCGAGAUAGAUGGCCAGGUCUAUGGUAAAGGGACUGGAAUAACAUGGGACGAGGCUAAAAUGCAGGCUGCUGAGAAGGCACUUGGAAGUCUAAGAACAACAAUUCACGGCCAAGGCAUUCAGAGAAGGCAGCUUUCUCCCAGGCCAUUUCAGGGAUUGUCAAAUAAACGUUUGAAGCAAGAACAUCCGCGAACUCUGCAACGAUUUGCAUCUUCUGGUAGAUAUCCCAGGAACGCUCCACCAAUUCCUUGACAAGAGCAUUGGGCUUUUCUAUCUUACUUACCGGUAUGACUGUUGGUUGGGGCUGCAUGUAUAUGUUACUGAUUCUACAAUGUGGAGGGUGGUGGCUGUCCGGUUGGACCAUUUCCACUUAAUGGGUGAGUGCUUGUCCUCAGUCUUUUUGUCACCGAGCUCAAUGCCAAUAUAGAACACGACAUUUUGUACCAAUGUAUGAUCCUCACCGAUGUGGGGCAAGACACUGGUCAAAGAUUGAUUUUGUAAGAUGUUCACAUGUUGGUGAUCCCAACUCCCAAGCAAUGCAGAAUUGGUUGUGUUGUGUGGAUAUAUGCUUUGAGACCGGUUCACAAGACAAGAUGAUGAGGCAAGUCCAAUGCAAUGCAAUGCAUACUCAAGAGGAACCAACCCAACCUAUUGGAACUGAGAAUUGAUUCAGCGUUUAUCUUUCUAACUCAAGUGAUGGUACAAGUACAGCCAUUCAGUACAGGUCCUUUUUUUUUUGGUUUUCAGUUUUCACUAACAUAACCGGGUAGUAGUUUUUCAUUCCACCAAUCCUAUCACCUCACACCCUCUAAAGACUCUGUUAUUAACGGAGCCUUUGAGAUUGGUGAAUUUGCAUAGUUUUGUAACUUAUAUUGAGAAUAAUAACAGUUUCCCAAUUGUGAUUAUCUGUCAAUUUUGUUCUGCAA